UCUUCCCAAAAUGGCGCCGGCCAAGAAGAAACAUGCCAGUAGCCAGCCUUGUGUUAUUCCUGGAGGAUUUACAGUGCUGCCCUUACAGUUUAGUUCCGACAGUGCGGCUCAACAUAAAGUGUAUGUGAAAGAGCACCGAGUGCGAGCUGAGAAGAGCUCACACAGACCGCUGGACCGGACUUUAUUUGUCCUCAACAUCCCCCCUUACUGCUCACAGGCUGUUGUCAGAGAGUUGUUCUCGCAGUUCGGCAGUGUUCAGUCCGUGGAGCUCGGAGACCACCCGGGCUCCUUCCAGGAGUCUGGACCCAAGCUGUCCAAGUUCUUCAAACCAGCUGAGAAAAAGGGUUUCAAAGUCGGCUACGUCGUGUUCCACAACUCCUCCAGUUUAUCUGCAGCUAAAUCACACCCACAUAAUGUGCCUCUGGUGGUCUGCACAGAGCAGCGUGCAGUGAAGACAGGAGUGCAGAAAUGGAUCCAGCAGUACACAGACUCGUUCAUCCAGCCGGACAAACUGCAACAAAUAGUCAACUCCUUCAUGGAAGACUACGACAAGCGGAAAGAAGAGGAAGCGGAGCAGCAGAGGAAGGAGGCUGAGCAGCAGCAAGAGGAUGAGGAGGGCUGGGUGAAAGUCACCAGAGGGGCCAAGGGCGCCAAGGCCCGUCCUCACAGUGAGGCAGCCAACAAGAGAACUCUACAGAAAGAGAUGAGGAAGAAGAAGAGGAAGGAGCUCAUGAACUUCUACACCUGGCAGCAUAAAAACACACAGAAAGAACAUAUCGCUGAACUAAGGAAGAAGUUUGAGGAGGAUAAACAGAGAAUUGCUUUGCUGAGAGCACAGAGAAAGUUCAGACCUUACUGAGUCGUCUACUUCAAAUUUUUAUUUGCUCAUGUCACUGCUUUUUUUUGUGUUUUCUCUACCUUUUUAUAUAAAGGAGUAUUUUUGUGUUGAUAAACUAUUAUUCUGAUGAA